UUGGACAACGACACAGAAAGGCGGAACCUUAUGAACGAAAGUGAUGUCUCGAGCCACAAUACAGCCCUUAAGCGUGGGGGCCACUGCCCCAGAGACCCUGUCUGUGCUGCAGCAGCGCCUUCUGGUGGCAGAGGAGCAGACAGAGGCACUCAUCCAAGAUAUGGCGUCCUUGGGGGUCUCACGCGAGCAACUCUUGGAUCCCGCUGCUUCAGCGCGAGACACUGGCCAGAGACCUGUGAGCCCCGUACAGGUGUGGCGGGCGCUAGGCGGGGACAAGGGAGAGGGGCUGCUGUGGCGCAACUGUGAGGCUCUGGUGAGUCGGGUGUGUCGCCUGGAGAGCCUUCUGCAGACACUCAAGCUCACCAAUUUCCGCCUGGAGACGGAGAGAGAGCUUAAUCCCUCACAUUCUACACGCCUGACCGAGCAGCUGUCUGCGCUGCAGCAGGAGAGCGAGGAGGAGCAGCGAGCAGCUCGGAAGGAGGUGAUGCGGGUUCAAGACCAGCUGCGCCAGGUGUGUCAGGAGAGGGACGAGGCUCUCGAAGAGGCACGGAGGCUGGGGGAGGCGCUGGAGGUCACCAGCACAUCCAAGAUGGAUGUGGCUCUGGCUGCAGAGGAUCUGAAGAUGAUCAAGGUGCAAAUGAGUGAGAAGUUGCUGGAGCUAAAAGUGCAGCUGUCUCAGGAGGUAGCCCUCCGCUUAGAAAUGGAAAAAUCCCAUGGGGCUUUGCUGCAGAGGGUACAAGAGAUGGAGAAAGUGGUGGAGCAAGAAAGAGGACAGGUGCGGGCCCUGCAGACGGACUGCCACGCCCUGCGGAGUGAAGGACAGGAAGUUAGGCAGCGGCUGAAGGAAGAGGCAGAGAAAGCUCAGCGACUGGAGGAAGAGUGCCAACAGCUCAGGGACCAAGCAGAUGUUAAAGAGUCCGUGGUUUCUCAGCUGACCGACGAAUUAAACAGUGCUGGGCUGGCCCUGCAGAGGCUGCAGCAGGAGAACACCAAGUUACAGAAGGAUGAAGAAACUCUGAAGGCAGCAGCAGAAAAAGUGCAGGAGCUGAAUGGUCAGUUACAGGGUCAGUGUUCGGAGCUGAGCGCCACUCUGCGCUCUCUGACCGUGGAAAACGCCAGACUCUUGACUGAGCACCAGGCAGAACUGAAGGCAGAGCGAGAGCGCGUGUUGCAGCAGCUGCAGGAGCAGGACCUGCUGCUGGAUGCAGCGCGGCGUAACAUCCACGCAGAGCUGCAGGGCGCGUUGACGGAUCGGCUCAGACUGCAGAGAGAGCUCGAGACCACGCGGUCUGAACUCGCCGAGCUGCAGCAGAGUUCCAUGGCUGCCCAGGAGACAGCUGCCACUCAGAGGGAGAUCUUGGAGCGUACAGUUGACAGGCUUCGAGAGGAGUUAUACAGUGCCAGACAAGAGAGAGAGUCCAUGAAGAGGGAGAAGGCUGAGAUGCACAGCAUGGUCAACAAGCUUGAAGGGGAGAAGAGUUCUCUGGAGACUCAGCUAUCCAAGGCCAAGUCCAGGGUGAGACAGCUAAAGGAUGAGCUGCAGGCUGUGCAGGAAGUCAAACUGAGCACUACUCUGGAAAACAAGUGCACACCGACCAGUGCUGAGUUGAACUCCUGGAGGUCAAGGUGUCAAAAGCUGGAAGAGCAGCUCAGACAGAUGGAGGGUGACUAUGAGUUGGCUGUCGUGGUGCGGGAUGAGGCGAUAAGGAAUUACAAGGCCCUCGAAGACCACCUAGAGAGCCUGCAGAAGGAGCAGCAGAAGAGCAAGCUAGAGGGAGAUUUGGGGGCGAGAUGUCCAGAUGGGGGCUGGGUGGCACAGACGCUGCAGGGCGUGUUGGCGUCUCACUCCCGUCUGCAGAAGAGCACUGAGACGCUGCAGGCCGAGCUGGGAGGUCGAGACAAGGAGAUUGCCACCCUGAGGGAGGAGAGAGUACAGAUUCAGGAGAAUUCACAGAGGUUACAGACACAGGUUGAGAAGCUCCAGGAUGAUUGUAUGGCGACCAACAAAGAGAUGGAAUCCUUGCGUAAAGCCCUAGAAACAACUAGUCUGGACAACAAGAAGCUUGCCCAGAGUCUGGAGCAGGCCCUGCUGGCCAAUAGCAAACUUCUAAGCAAGCUGAGCCGGACCCAGGAUCAGAAGGAGAGAAGCCAGAGUCUCAGGGAGAUGGAGCUCGUUGAAGCCAAGGAGGAGGUAAGAUGGCUGGCAGAACAUCUGGACUCUCUGAAGGUGCUUUUGAAAAAAGAGAGAGAUUGUGGGAAGAAGGUAUCAAACAAGGAGAUCACUGAGCUGAAGAAAGCUCUUGACGAUGCAUCAUCCAGGUCAGGUGACCUCUCCCGGUCCAAUCGAGAGCUCAGGGAGAAGGUGAGCGAGCUGGAAAAGGUGGUAUCCAGUCAAAAGGCUCGAAUCAAAGACAUGAAGACUCAGCUGAAGGUGCACCUGGAGAGUCGAGCAACUUUGGCCACCUCUCAGAGAGUGAAGGAGAUGGAGGAAGCUCUGAAGGGUCUAGAGAGUCUGAAUGACGAGUACCAGAGAAGAAACAAUGAGCAGAGUCAGCUGAUCCAGCAGUUCCAGUCUGAGCUGCAGCGUCUGUCCUCCAAACAGGAGGGGGAGCUAGAGGGGGAACGGGAACUCCGGCAGAUGCUGCAGGAUAAGUGUCAGACGCUGGAGGAGAAUAUGCAGCAGUUAAAGCAGAGUAGAGACGAGGCAGAGCAGAGGCUGAGAGAGGCCAGCCUGGAGUCACAACAGAUCUCUGAGAACCUGAUGGAGGCUCACACCUGGUUCAGGUCCAAGUUCAGCAGCUUGAGGAGUGAACUGGAAAAAAGCAGAGCCAGGAGGGAACCAUCAACAGACAAGCGCCAUUCCCUGGGGAGGAGUAAGGAGGUGGCACACAUUGCAUCACCUGAGGGUGGAAAAAAGGCCUUGUGUGACUCCGGGCCCAUAGUACUGAAGCAGGACCACUGGAGCACUGCAUUGAAGCGCUGGGAGACCAAGAGGGAGUUGGCCCGCAUCUCUGGGAGAUGCAGACACACGGGACAGACGCACGGGCAAACUGAUGCACAAUGAGCGCAUACUGAGACAUGGAUGCAGUAACAUAAGACUUCUCCGAUCAGUACAUCUUGCACAAAAGCAUGUCAUGCAUACACAAACGCGCACACAUUGAUAUAGUAUGGUCACGUGCAGUGACAGAUGGACAGGCUAAAGUUGAGGUGAGACAUUUCUAAUAUGCCACUCUGAGAACCCCCCCCCCCCCCACACACACACACACACACACACACACACACACACACUAAAGAUCACCCCCAGCCAAAUCCAGUAACAACAUUCCUUAUUUUUAUUAAACACAGAAGUAGAUUUAUCUUUAUCCUCUCCCACAUCUGCGUCUUCUCUUAUAUACCACCCCAGUCACAAAAUGAAUAAUCAAUACCUGUAACAGUCACCAUGUGCAUUUAUUCAACGGACAGAACUACAGGAAAUAUCAGAUAGCAGCUGUGCAGAGGAUGCUGGGAAAUGUAGUCCACAGUCUGUGACAAGCUGGUGUUAAACAUGAAGGGAACAUGCUUAAUCAGAGUAACAACUGUACAAUCAUCUUAUUCCUGCUAUAUAUUUAUAUCUGUACAAAGGUAUCAUUGUA